AUGAAGAACCAAACAGAAGUGGAAGAAUUCAUCUUACUGGGCCUGAACAAGGAUUUGGAGCUUCGGUAUAUAUUCUUUGCAAUUUUUCUCCUACUCUAUAUGGCCACAUUAGUGGGGAAUGGAGCUAUUGUGAUUGUAGUUUUAGCUGAACCUUGCCUUCGUAGCCCCAUGUAUUUUUUUCUCGGAAAUCUUUCCUGUCUUGAUAUAUUUCACUCCACAAUAACUAUUCCAAAGAUGUUGUCUGGGUUUCUAACAGAGCUACAGACCAUCUCUUUCAAUGGCUGCAUGGUCCAGUUAUUUUUCUUCUAUUUUUUGGGUAGCAGUGAAGGCAUUCUCCUUGGAAUCAGGGCCUAUGACCGCUAUGUAGCAAUAUGCAACCCAUUGCACUAUAUUGUUACCAUGAAAAAAGAAUUUUGUGUUUUAAUGGCAGCUGCUGCCUUAUCAACUGGUUUUUUCCAUGCCUUGAUGCAUACAAUAAUGACUGCUCAUCUUCCCUUCUGUGGGCCAAAUAUAGUUGAACACUUUAUCUGUGACAUCAAGCCAUUGUUGAAACUGGCCUGUGGUAGCAUAGAUUUCAAUCUCAUGCUUCUCAGUAUUGUAACUAGCUCUGUUGUCAUGGGUCCUUUCAUCUUCAUACUCCUCUCCUACCUCUACAUUAUCACUUUCCUUCUCUGUAACGUGCAGUCCCAAAGUGGCUGGCAAAAAGCCUUCUCCACCUGUAGUUCCCAUCUAACUGUAGUGGCUUUACUCUACAUUCCUGUGUUGUCUAACUACAUGCUUCCCACUGUGGGUAACUCCUCUCAACGAGAUAUGAUAUUAACCCUCCUUUAUAGCACAAUUACUCCAGUUUUGAACCCACUAAUAUAUACUUUGAGAAAUCGGGAGGUUAAAAUGGUGAUCAGAAAGUUUUUUGGAAAAAAGACUUACACUUUUCAGUGA